AUGUCAGUGCAGGGCAAAGCAGCGAUUGUCACGGGGGCUGGCCUAGGCCUGGGUAGACUGUACGCACUUGCCCUGGCUGCUAGGGGAGCCAAAGUUUUGGUUAAUGACUACGGCGGCGACCUACAAGGGCAGGCUGGUACUAUCACUCGGGCACAAGCCGUGGUCGAUGAGAUCAGGGCUGCUGGUGGCAUCGCAGUUGCGCACAAUGGCGACGUGUCGAAAGACGCCAAAGAUAUCGUCCAGACUGCCGUCAACGAAUUUGGGAGCGUUCAUAUCUUGAUCAAUAACGCGGGCAUCACUGGCAAAAUGAGUCCACACGACGACGUCGACGGACCUGCAUUUAUGCGUGUCCUUGAGAUUUCAGUCCUAGGCACGACCAUGGUCACCAGCGCUGCGUACUCGGUCAUGGCAAAGCAGCGAUACGGCAGGAUUGUUAACGUGUCAUCGAAUGCAAUCUACGGAUUCGGGGCAGGAGGAGACUGCGCGUAUGGUGCUUCCAAGGGCGCCGUGUUUGCAAUCACGAGGGAGCUGGGCAGGUGGUCGGAGAGAGAUGGUAUCAAGAUCAAUUGUAUAAUGCCGUCCGCAGCGUCUCGUAUGGGAGAUUUGUCUGAAGGAACCAAGAAGAUCACCCGAACUUACUUUCCUCCGGAGGGGGUGGUUCCGUUCGUUAUGGCUCUUUGCUCAGAAGAGUGCCCAUCUUCCGGGGAGGUGUUUUCUGCCAGCGCCAAUAGAGCUGCACGCGAGACGUUGGCAACUUUUCCGGGCAAAAUAUCCGACACUGCGGAGGGUUUCUUAGCAGACUGGGACAAGGUCUACGGGAAGGAUGAGACUCCCUUCUUAGGCGACAGUACCCUCGAUCAAGUCAAGUAUAUAAUUCGAAUAGCGCAUGGGAAAGAGAUGGAGGACAUCCCUGAAUUUGGAAUCGCCGGGAAGUAG